AUGUCCAACACAGAUCCGAAAACUCCAGCACCGCGACAUCGACAGGAUGAGAAUACUCUCUUGACAGAACAUGCGUCCCCGUCGUCGCCGAAUCUCGCUGCGGCUGCAUUGAACAUCCAGCACGCUCUGCAGAAUACAGCAAUCCCACUGUCCUUCCCAGAAACUCAGACCCCAAAGUCUGCCUCGAUAUUUCAGACCACCACCAUAGCUCCUUCUCCGCCUCCGAACACGUCUGAACGAAAAGAUUCUCCUCUUACCCCACUCGAUACUACCUCCCGUCUCCUCCCUAUAGAUAUCCACAAUGCCAGUCCGAGUCCAUUGAGCGCAGGUCUACGGAUACAAACCGAUAUCAUCCCUGGCUGCACAGUCACGGCAGCAAGCACCAAUAAUACGGCGCGGAGCUCGAGUGAAUCGUCGCGAAUUCCAAUUCCGCAAUCGAGACAAACGAACAUUCCUCUGGCGAGAACCCCAAGUGUCAAAAACGUCUUCGCGAGCAGUGUAGGCAGUAACUCGGCAAUUGGAUCUGCCCCAAGCUCAGCGCUCUCUUCCCCUAUGCUGAGUGCUAUGGCAGAUGUCACACCUCUACCCUCCCCUCUGAUGUCUGGAGAUUCACCUGGACCUUGGAGAAAGCUGGCAUCACGACCAAAUUCACGAGAACUCAUGAUACCCAUCAGCGCAGAGUCGGCAUUGGUUACGGCCAAUGGCGAAUCCAUAUCUUCAGCAAUUGCAAAUCAAGUCAAAAGACGAGCAUAUCAUGGACUAGUCACCAACGCAAGCGAGUCUGCCUUAAUACAAGCAAGCAAGGAGAAGAAUGCGGAUGGCCAUCACAGGAAUAGAAGCCUGAGCGAGUAUAUACCAGAAAAUGUUCAGGUACCGAAGAACAGGCAUAUCACAGUGUCAGGCUCACACGCCCCCAUCGAGGGAACUCCUGAAUCAAAUACAGCUGUGGACAUGCAUAUGCGGAGGGAACCACAUCUUGCAGUAUCGAGAGGCUUAGCACCAGUUCCUAGACCACCAACACCACCAUCGAGCAGAACUGGCGGGGAAAGCAGUGAUAGUGACUCGUCCAUGGUAAAUCUUCCUCGAGCACACAAGAAUCCACGUUAUGAGUACUACGCAGCACAUACCCGAGAUGACUCUAAGUUGAGACGCUGGACGGCGUUGAAACUAUUGGGACAAGGCACUUUCAGCAAGGUCAUGCUAGCCACGAGUCAAGUUCCAGAAGAAGACAAUCGGAUAGACGAGAAUGACGUGUUUGGGACUCAAAUGGAGGGCAUUUCUACGACAGUUCCUGAAACGAAAAUGGACCGGAAGAAACUGGUAGCUGUGAAGAUUUGUGAGCAUGGACCAAAAGGAGGAGCAUCCGAGGAGCGAGUAGAAAUGUCUCUGAAGCGAGAAUUGGAGAUCAUGAAAUCGAUACACCAUCCUUCUUUGGUUCAUCUGAAAGCAUGGAACAUUGAAGAAACUCGAGCUAUUCUCGUUCUCAGCUAUUGUCCUGGAGGAGACUUAUUCGAAGUUGCAAGCGAGCAUCGUAAUAUAUUGGUUCCUGGACUUUUGAGGAGGAUGUUCUCUGAGUUGGUGGCUGCUGUCCAGUAUUUGCACGAUAGACAUAUCGUGCACCGGGAUAUCAAGCUUGAGAAUGUCCUAGUCAACUUUCCCCAGCAUGAGCUUGCUCGCCCACAAGACUGGUCAAAGUUUCCGUAUUCCAUCAUCACGCUCACAGACUUGGGACUUUCUAGGCGUGUUGCCGAUGAUGAGAAACUAACUACUCGUUGUGGGUCUGAUGACUAUGCUGCUCCAGAAGUCAUCAUGGGCCAGCCAUAUGACGGAAGAGCAACAGAUGCUUGGUCUCUCGGCGUUCUCCUGUACGCUUUGCUCGAGAGUAGGCUACCGUUCGAUCCCAAUCCAGGAAUGUCAGAAGGACACAAGCAACGAAGCCGUACCAGUCACCGAAUUGCCAGAGUGGAAUGGCGAUGGAUCGAGUACGCAGGUGAAGAAGGCGACCAUGAGGGUGACCCCGAGAAGUUCAGGGAGAGAGGCCUAGAAGGCGCAAUGUUGGUCACAGAAGGACUUCUUAAAAGAGCAAGAAGUCGAUGGACCAUGCAACAAGUGGCUGAUCAAGAGUGGGUCAAGGGUGGCAUAACUGUUGAUGGCGAGAUCAAGUUCCGAGAAGAGGACAAUCCCGAAGAAGUCUUACAUCCGGAUAGUGGCAUUGAGAUUCAGUCUGCCUUAUGA